AUGAUAAUAUUUCUAGUUAUUGCUCCUGCACUCUCAUACCUUAUUGAUCAACAUUACUAACCAUUAAAUUGGUUCCAAUAUGGAGAUACUGUGUGUUAUGGAGUAAUGUUCGAUGCUGGAAGUUCAGGUACAAGAGUUUAUGUAUAUUCUUGGAGUUGCCGAGAAAACAAAACAAUGGCCUAUAUCAACAUAACGGAGAAGUCUUUGGAAUAUAAGGUUGAGCCAGGAAUCGAUUCCUUUGGGAAAGAUCUGGACUCUUUGAAAUCGUACAUCAAUGAGCUCAUUUAAUUUGCCUACGAGAAUGUGCCAUACACUAUGCACAAGUACACUCCCAUUAUGUUGGCGGCGACGGCUGGAAUGAGAAUGAUCCCGACUUAUUACUAGAUAUAGAUAAUAUCGACGAUUAGAGAUUUAUUUAGAUCAAGCAAAUUCCUAUUUCAUAGAGAUGAUUGGUGUAGAAUAAUUACAGGUUAAGAAGAAGGAGCCUAUAUGUGGCUAUCCAUUAACUAUAUGAUAGGUAAAUUGGGAAUAACGGAUAAUGAACAUGCAUUAACUGUUGAUUUGGGAGGAGGAUCCACCCAAUUGGCUUUUAAGCCUCAAUCCACGAUAGAUAAGAGCGAGGUAAAUUUGAGGAUUCCCAAUCACAAUCAAUAUAAGAUCUAUUCCCAAUCCUAUUUAUAUUAUGGAAUUGAUUAAGCCAAAAAAGCCAUUUUUGAGAAGGAAAUAAAUAAACUGGAUAAAAAUAACCUAGUUUAUCAAUCUCCCUGCUUUCCCAACGGCUAUCGAAACAAUUACAGAUAUAACAAAUCUUAUAUAAUUAUAGGAACAGGCAAUAUUAAUAAUUGCUUAGAAUUAAUUAAUCAAUAUCUCAAUAAUGACAAGUCAAAAUGUAUUUAUGAGAAUUGUGGUAUCAAUGGAGUCUAUCAGCCAGAAAUCGAUUCAGAGUUAAUCUAUGCUUUGGGAGGUGUUUCAUUUAUGGCAGAAUUCUUGAAUUUGGAGUAGUACACCUUGGAGUAAUACUUUAUCAACGCAGUCAAGUUCUGCUCUUUGAGUUAUGAAGAAAUCCAGAAACAUGAGGCUUAUGGUAGGAAUAAGUACUCGAAUGGGAAUUAUUUCUCCGUUUUGUACGUGUAUUCCUUGUUGAGUCAUGGGUAUGGGAUUAAGGAGAAUCAAUUAAUCCGAUCUCCCAAGUUGAUUGGCAACAUCACUCCCACUUGGACCUUGGCUGCCAUGUUUUAUCAGAUUGCCCAGAUAGAUUGCGAAUAAGACAGUCCCAUCUGUUCGACUAUUAUGAAUAAUUGA